AUGGAUGCUUUUCCAUUUAUAGCACAACUAACGUUUGUAGUAUAUGCUUUAGGUGAAACCCAUGUACCAUAUCAGUCAAAAAACACUACUGUUUUUGUAGAAAAUGGCAAAACAAUUGUUCUUAAUUGUACUUGUUCAAGAUCUAACGACAAUCAUGUUCAAGGAUCUUGGAAAGGUCCUAACAUGUCAACGAGUAAAGAAGAUAAUAUUCCAUAUGCAGAAGGUCUAGAUAUGAACCCAGAACUAAACAUUUCAAAUAUAUAUAUCAUUGGUGACCAUGAAUCAGGAACAUGUAACUUAAAAAUAACCAACUUUUCAAAAAUCAACGAAGGAUCUUAUGAAUGCAAUUAUUUACUUUUGGACAACCUGAAGAUCUUUGAACACACAUACACUGUUUCAAUGAAAACGUCACCGAUGAACCUUGAAAUACAAAGUGCUGCCGGCAGUCAUACCAUUCACGGAGUUGAAAACGUUGAGAUGACAUUAGUAUGUACAGUAACACACGGUCAACCAGCCGGAGUUCUAACGUGGAGUAUGAAUGAAACGAGACUGACAGAGGGCAGAGAAGGACAACUAGAUUAUAUUUUUAUACCAAAUCGACACGACCAUCAAAAAUUAUUUACUUGUUCUGUUGAACAUGAGUUACUGACUUCCCCACUGACAAAGAGCGUUAAUUUGGACAUCAAAUUCAAACCAUACGUGGCAAUAUUGCCUCUGAAACAAGAUUUCCAGAGAGAAGGCACAUCAACGGAAUUGUGUUGCAAAUUAGCAAGUAAUCCCAGUGUCAAAUAUGCAACUUGGAAAAAGUUUAUGAGUGUCGAUUUUUGGAGAAUAAACAGUACAAGGAAUGAAACCGACAAUGAAGAUCAAAUGUUCUGUCUUUCAAUUUCACCUUUACACCGGAAUUCAACAGGAAUAUAUACAUGCAGUGCAGAAAACAUCAUAGGCAAAGGCAGUUCGUCAACUCAUCUCACUGUAUUAUAUCCACCGACAGUCACAGUUACGUACAAACGUGUUAAACAAACUAUCCAGCUUCAAUGUAAACCAAGGGGAGAACCAGACAAUUACACUUUUGAUGAAUGGGAGCAUAGAUCAGAAUUUAAUGAGUUGAUUAGACGUAUUAAAGGAACACCUCAAGGAAUACUUGCAAUUAAACAAUCAAAAAGUAGACAUCAUGAAGAUGACGGAGUUUAUGUAUGUAGGGCAGCCAAUGGUAUCCCAAAUUCAAACGACACUAUUUAUCAGGAGGGAAGGGUCGUUAUUGAAUCUACAGUCUUUCCAAUAUAUCUGACACAGAAUAAAGGCGUUCAGUAUGGACAAUAUGGGGAAGAAUCGCACCUUACCAUAUAUAUAUACAAACAUGAUGCUUUGAAAUCAAUAAAAAAACACGGAGAAAUUCUGAAAUUAAAGAUAAAAAAGAGAAGAGUUAAGACAAGUGAUUCAUUUCACGGGAUAAAUAUUAUGGUGUUCGCGAUUGAAUAUUUGAUUCACCUACCUGUAGCGACCGAAGAGGACUUUACUAAUUACACAAUUGAAGCAUGCAAUCAUAAAAGCUGUAACAGCUUUAUUGUAGAAUUCAAAUCAGCUAAUCACCCGGAAACUCCAUCGAAUGUAUCUAUAAUAGCAAACGCAAAUAAUUUAUUUGUGUCUUGGUGUCCAGGAUUUAAUGGUGGAUUCAAACAGAAUUUUUUCAUUGAAUAUAAGACCGAAAGUUUGUCAAACUGGACAUUUGUAGGACCUGUAACUGGUAACAUGAAAAAUCAAAUCAAUUUCACUUUGCACUUCGUAACUCCAGAUAAAUUUUACCUUGUUCGGGUAUUUUCCAGAAAUAUCUAUGGAGACAGCAACAAGUCCGAUAUUGUAAAAUUUCAAAUAUUUGAUCAAAUUGAAAACAAUGAGUCAAGUCAAGACUUGAACAAGAUAGUUUCCUCAGUCGUCAUUUCAUGUGUGAUCGGCUCAAUGUUUGGGAUUGCCUUUUAUGUGAAAAGACGAGUAUCAAGAUCACAACAAAGUAAUUAUGGUUCUGAUGACAACUCCGGAAUAGACAACCGAGGGGAUUCGGUUGAAAAUAGACUUUACGAUUCUGCUGAACAAUUCAAUUCUAACAGUGCAAGGCAACACGAAGUCGUUGAUCCUGACACAACACAUUAUUUCAUUUCAAGAUUAGCACAGGAAAACCAAAUCUAUCAAAUGCAGCUAAAUACAAGCGUCGAAGUAAACGGUUCUAGCAAACAAAGAUCUCAAGAGAACUGUGAAAUUGGAUUAUUAGAAAGUCAACGACAGAUAACAGAAAGUAGUCUUAACUACGCUGAUGUCGUAUUUGAACCUGGACCUCCUACACAAGAAGUUAUCAUUCAUGGUUUACAGGACAAAACAAACUAUUCCGAAAUAAGGUUUUCUGCAAAAACUGCAAUGGCUUCUGUUUCCAGUGAUGAAAGUGAUGAUGAUUUUAUCUAUAUAGACGGUCUUGAAAAUUAUUUAGAAAAGAGAGGAAAAAAAUGCGAAGGGCAACCUUGAGGCUGAAACGCUAAGUACAAAUAAUUGUCUUUAAACGAUUUAUGUAUGUGUGACUCUGGUGUUUGUGGUUUUGAACAUAAACAGGGUAUCUUAACUCCCUUAGGCAAAGUUGAGAUUGACUAAGUUUUUUUUUUCGUUUUGUUUUUAUAUAAA